GUCCAGCGAUUGUGAGGGGCGUGGUUUGAGGCCCCGCCCACCCGCACUCCUGUGACACCACCACCAGAACAGAACAUCGGGAGAACAUACCAGAAAACCUCUGAGCAGACGCCGACUAUCACACACUCACACAGCCGCCAAAGUCAUGCAACCAGCAUCUGCUAAGUGGUACGACAGACGGGACUCUGUCUUCAUUGAGUUUUUGGUGGAGGACAGCAAGGAUGUGAAAGUAAAUUUUGAAAAGUCCAAAUUUGGGUUCAGUUGUCUCAGUGGGACGGAUAAUAUGAAGCACUCAAAUGAAAUUGACCUUUUUGGAUCCAUCGAUCAAGAUGGGUCCAAACAUAAGCGUACAGACCGGUCGGUCUUGUGCUGUUUACGGAAAGCAGAGCCAGGGAAAUCCUGGCCCAGGAUAACAAAAGACAAGGCAAAGGUCAACUGGCUUAGUGUUGACUUCAACAACUGGAAAGACUGGGAGGAUGAUUCAGAGGAAGAUGUGGCCAACUAUGAUCGCUUUUCAGAGAUGAUGGGCAACAUGGGAGGAGAGGAUGAUUUACCUGAUCUAGAUGGAGCAGAUGAGGAAUCAGCUGAUAGUGAUGAUGAAAAAAUGCCAGAUCUGGAAUAAGCGGCUGGCACAUUGUGGACAGACAGAGGAGGAGGGGGAUGACAUGCGAAUGAAAAGAGCUGUCAUCUAAAUGGUACAUGAUCUGAAAGAGAGCAAAGCUGAAUUGAUUGAGAUCAGUGGAUUCGUAAGCAUCACCUCUGUCCACCCCGUGGCUGCACUCCAGAAGAUCGACUUCACCCUCUGUUGGGAGUUUAUAUGCAUAUUGUUGUACAGAGCUUCGUCGUCCCUCUCCUUAUGAGCAGUCCUGGCUUUUUUGUUUUGUUUUCUUUUAAUCUGUACUAAAACAUGAUGUAUACUUCAACUGUUUGGAAAUACUGCACUGUAUUCAUAUUUUUUCAACUGAUAAGCAAUAGAUGUAAUGGAAAGUUUCUUUUUAUUGUGAGGCAUUGAAAUUAAAAUGAAAAGUGACAAACUUUGCAGAGGUGAAGGUAGUUUGUGUCUUGUAAAAUCUGUAUAGUGGACGACCUUGUGAUUAAAGCGUAAGAACUGUAAGUAGCAGUUAUUAGACAUGACCCACCUCCCUAACAUACUUCAGUCAUCUCCUAACAUUAGCCCUCAUGUCUCUUGACGUAGUACCAGAUUUGUUGGUGGUUAAUAUUUUCUGCUGACUCCCUCUGAAAUGAUCCAGUUUCCCGAAGUCUAUAUUGGCACUGUAUUUGGUAUUGGACUGUUAAUGUCUUUAAUAUUAUGACUGCAGUAUGAUGUCUUUACUGGGAAACAGAAAGGUAUUGUAUGUUUCAGAUCAAGUCUAAAACAAAACGACCAAAUAAGUUUGCACUAUCAAAAAAUUGGGACUGUUUUGUGCACAUUUCUUGUUUUCAAAAGAAAAAAAGCUUUCAAUUUUUGUCUACGUAUUUCUAAUAAACUGCUCAAUGCUCA